GUGUUCAUGAGCCUAUAGACGCCAUGUUUGAUGUUGACGGCAUCGACAUGCCUACUUUCGGUCUGUGUUGGACUCGUCGCAAGAGACGCUUUGCUAGUGAUCAGACCAGGAAGGCAUACACAGCAUUGAACGAGCAGUUCAAUGCGUACACCGGGGUCAUCUGGCAGCCCUACACGGAAGCAGCCAUACAAGCGAGAUACCCUGCUGGUAUGUCUGUGCUAUGCACAAGGGACCGAGAUUACUGGAUGACAAAAUCGAAGAUCAUCUUCGAUGUCUUCGUCGAGGAGAUGGCACAACAGAGGGUUAUGAGGCAAUUUGGUCUUCUGCAGUUGGAGCUACCUCCCCCUAUAGAGAACCCGGUGCCAGCACACAUCCACAGGACGACAAGGAAGGGCAUGAACAGGACAACUGCUGAAUGGCUAGUUAGACUAGAGCCGUAUGUUAUAGAAUGGGAGACAGCAAACACAAAUCUAUGGCACGAGAAUCACAAUUUCGAUCUCGAUGAAUUCAAUCUCUAUUUGCGGCGCUACAUGACCGGAACACGGUUACGCAUUGUUGAGUACUCCCACCCAGAGGAGUUACCGGAUCCUACUCCGUCGGAUAUGUACCCGAGCUAUGAUACUUCGGGCUCUAGGCAGUACGCGGCUACCUUGACACGCGAACUGUACGACGACGUGACCACCUUUGGACGAUCACUAUCGUCUAGACCUACGUGACCACCUUUGGACGAUCACUAUCGUCUAGACCUCUUCUUCAUCAUCGUCCAGUGGUACAGCCCUUCUUGGAAAGAAUUCAGAAUAAGAUACGGACUGUGUACGAGGCUAUCACGUGCACCCGGAGAACCGAUGUUGUUCAGCACGAGCAGGAGCAGCCGCAUCACUCCAUGCACCGACAUCAACCACGUC